AUGGCUGAUGUUGCAACUCCCGCCGACAAGAAGGCUCCACCAAAAUUCAAGCAGAGGGCCAUGCGCACCUUCAAGAGCAAGGCGCCCAAACCAGGCCAGAAGGGGUGAGACAGUCACACACUGACAGUCACAACAAGCCCACAGUCACACCUUGUUUUCUCUGUUUGGUGCUCAUCAGAUUUUUUUGUUCCCUACUUUCAGUAUGGGCGACGACAUCCCCGGCAUGGAGGGUCUCGGCACAGACAUCACAGUGAUCUGCCCAUGGGAAGCUUUCGGGGACAUGGAACUCAGCGAUCUGGCGAAAUAUGGAAUAGUUUAA